ACUCGAUCACCUUUCCUUUACCUGAAGGCGGUAGUCGCUAUAACUGCUAUUCCAUAUACAAUUCCAGCAAGGACCCAAUCAUCAUGACGCGCGACUCAUCAGCAACCUACUUGCAUAUGCACGCUUCUCACCAUGCAGACCUCCUCGAAUCCUUCACAAACUUGACAUUGUCACAACUCGCGCCCGAAAACAUCUAUAUACCGCCGCACCUCGAGCCGCUCAACCCCGAAGACGAAGAUGACGUUGUACCAGAUCAACACGCAGCCUUUGGCAUCCAGCGCGCGACGCAAGCGAAGAAAGAUCCCACGUGGCGCGACUUGGGACUAGAGGAGCUUCUGAGACGAGGGCCAAGAGCUGCUGAAGGGCAGAGUUUUGGUGGUGGCGCGCUCGGUAGAGGUACGGCGGAGAGGAGGGAAGACGAGCCGGUCAUCACAGCAUUGAGGAGACAGCCUGGGCCUCAGGCAGGUGUUGUGAGACCUGGAGGUGCUGCGAGAGAUGCGCAAGGUGGUGGAAGUGCUGCGGGGAACGGGCUGCCGAGAUGAGAAAAAAUGAGUCAACUGAGGAGAUGUGGAGCAAGCAUUCAGUAACACAAUCAGCAAAUACCGCAAAAAGAGGGUAGUGCCACGGCGAUUGGGAGUUGCACUAUAUCUCAAACGACUGGCCAAGGUCGUCAAGAAGGAAAGAUUGACUGCUGAAGUAGCGGCUCUUCGCGCGUCAAUCUGCAGCAAGACAUACCGGACAUUGCCGCAGAUGCAAAGUCGUGAAGCUCAUGUGUAGCGCAUGUUUGGACGCGAAGCAGGAAGGCAUAUACCUUGUGUUAUUCUGCACUUGGCUGGCUUUUCUAGGAGAACAAGGGAGCCCCAGGACAACAAUCGGACUGCUAUAGCCCG